AUGCUAUUUACUUCUGACAAAUCAACAAAGUCCGUGCUGUGCAUUGACAACUUACUAUCACCUGAGCCACCCAAGACAACAACAACAUCAUCCACUGAAAAAACGACGAAAAAGAUGUCUGCCAAAAAACUCAAGGAAAAACGAAAAAGGGCUACUCCAGAGCAACUUGAAGUGUUGAAUAAGGUGUUUAGUCAAACAUCAUUUCCAUCCACGGAGAUGCGGUUGCAACUUGGCAAGCAACUUGGCAUGAAACCAAGAACAGUGCAAAUAUGGUUUCAGAAUCGACGACAAGCAUUGAGAACGCGUUCCCGUACUACUACCAUGCAGCAACAACAACCACUACCACCCAUGCUAUCACCAACAGCAUCCACUGUAGAAGCUCAUCCAUGGAUGCCAUCCUCGCCACCACCUUUGUCACCCCCAACGCCUGAAGCAACAUCAGCACCAGCACCAGCACAAGCUCUCCCUCGACUUUGUUGUGUUAUCGAUAAUGCGUAUGCAUACCACUCAGAGAUUGAUACUCGUCUUUCCCCAGUCAUUCUUCCUAGCCCAGCAUCCACUACAACAACCAUGUCUCGAGACGAUUGCUAUUGGAGCUUCCAUUAA